CUUUUCACGCAGUUUCUUCGCUCUUCUUUUUCUCUUUCUCUUUCUUUUUCUCUAGUAAUAACACGGCUCUUCGAUUGCAUUGACUGUUUGCAUUAUCUCAACAAUGGUUGAAAACGUUCUGGACGAUAUCUCCCAUCGGAGGUUCAAUCCCCUUCGAGGAUCCUACAUUCUGGUCUCCCCACAUCGGACCAAGCGCCCCUGGCAAGGACAGCAGGAGAGCCCCUCUAAAACUACUUUACCAACCUACGACCCCGCUUGCUAUCUUUGCCCCGGAAACAAGCGCGCGCAAGGCGAUACUAACCCUAAGUAUGAGAAAACCUUCGUCUUCGUAAACGACUACAGUGCGGUCAAGGAAGAACAAGCGCCGUAUAGCCCUGAAGGUGGCGAGGACCUUGAAUCAUUUUUCCUCAAGGCAGAGCCUGUCACCGGCAAAUGCUAUGUGCUUACCUUCUCUGCGGCCCACAACCUCACCUUGGCCGACCUCUCGCCUGCUGAGAUUGCGCCUGUCAUUGACGCUUGGACUGAGAUUUACACGGCCCAUUUGUCCCCCAAGUCGCCAUUGGCUGCUGUAGCUCCAGCGACCACUUUGCCUCCAAACUCCCCAACUGCUAGCUUGACCAAGCCCAAGGAGCAGUAUCGCUACAUGCAGAUCUUCGAGAACAAGGGUGCCGCCAUGGGGUGCUCGAACCCUCACCCUCACGGUCAGGUCUGGACCACCAGCUCUUUGCCCGAAGAACCGGCUAUGGAACUCGAGCAGCUGAAGAAAUACCGCCGGGAAAAUGGUGGCAAGCAUAUGUUGGAAGCCUAUGCUGCUCUGGAAAGCCGGAAGCAGGAGCGCGUGGUGUUUGAGAAUGAUGCCUUCCUUGUCGUCUGCCCCUGGUGGGCUGUCUGGCCCUUUGAGACUAUGAUUGUCAGCAAGACCCACAAGCGUGCGCUGGUCGACUUAGAUAGCAGCGAGAAGGUGCAGCUAGCGGAAGCCAUUGCCGAAGUCACGAGACGUUACGACAACCUCUUCGAAACGCACUUCCCGUACAGCAUGGGUAUCCACCAGGCACCACUUGACGGAACCGAGGAGGAAAUCGAGUCGUCAUAUCUUCACCUUCACUUCUACCCCCCGCUAUUGCGCAGCGCCACUGUGCGCAAAUUCUUGGUUGGGUAUGAAAUGAUGGGCGAGCCCCAGCGUGACAUUACACCUGAGCAAGCGGCUGCGAGGUUGAGAGGCUGCGGGGGAGAGCUCUAUAGGAAGAAGAUGGACAACUAAGAUCAAAGAGUAUUGGAUCAAGCUGGAUUGUAUGUUGUAUACGUAUGUGUUCUGACAGCAAUGAAUACUUGCAUUCGUGGGUCCAUCGGACCAGUCCCGGCCGGCUUCUGUGUUUCGGACUUGUAUCGACUCCUGUCAUCCCCCCCUUCGAGAAAGGAGCUAAUCGGUUAUGCGUGUCUCAAUCACCCACGCGCAAUUAAUGACUUGCACCCUUACUUCGGCUGAGCCUCUAUCCCUUGCUAAUUCCUGCGUCAUCAUGCUCGUCCUUUUCGAUUGCUCCACGGUCCACCCAUUCAGUGAUCUGCAUGAAGCGGCUGAGGUGUGCAUUCGACGUAGCUUUACCUUUUAGUUUAAGGUGGUGAAACAUGGUUCACCUCUCAUUCUUUGAGGCGCCAACUAUCGAUUUACGAAC